AUUAGUUGCAAACGAGCCGCACCGUCGAGCAGUUCGCACAAACUUUAAGUUCGCGAAUUCAUCACUCAACCCAGUACACACUUGAUUUAUAUAGCCGUCAUUCUUGGGGUCGUUGGGCCAGUACUGAACUGAAAACGGUGGCGAAAUGAGCACUUUGGCACUGGUGGCUUUCGUCCUGUGGGCUGCCUUUCUGCGCUAUCUGCCCAAGAUUCUCAAUUUCCUGAGGCUCCAGAGAUUCGCGAAAACUCUGCCGGGUCCCACGAUUGGUGAACUGAUUGCGAAUGUAAAGAAAGGCGAGAUCCUGAACUGGCUGAAGGAGCUGCGGGAGAGGCAUGGUCCGGUAUUCCGCAUCUGGUUCGGCAAGGAUCUGAUGGUGAUGUUCACGGAUCCGGAGGACAUCAAGCAGCUGCUCGGCAACAACCAGCUGCUGACCAAGUCGCGGAACUACGAGCUGCUGGAGCCCUGGCUGGGCAAGGGUCUGCUCACGAAUGGCGGCGAGUCCUGGCAUCGCCGCCGGAAGCUGCUCACGCCGGGCUUCCACUUCCGCAUCCUUGGCGAGUUCAAGGAGCCCAUGGAGGAGAACUGCCGCAUCCUGGUGCGUCGACUGCGGACCAGGGCCAAUGGCGAGUCUUUCGACAUCUAUCCAUACAUCACCCUCUUCGCCCUGGACGCCAUCUGCGAAACGGCCAUGGGCAUCAAGAAGCACGCCCAGCUGCAGAGCGACUCCGAAUAUGUGCAAGCUGUUCAAUCCAUUUGCCGUGUGAUGCACAAGCAGAGCUUCUCCUUCUGGCAACGACUGAACGUGUUCUUCAAGCACACAAAGCCCGGCAAGGAGCGGGCGUCAGCUCUGAAGGUGCUCCACGAGGAGACGAAUCGGGUGAUACGGCUGCGCCGGGAGCAGCUGAUCCAGGAGCGCAACGAAUCCCGCCCAGAAGCGGAGCAGGACGAUGUGGGCGCCAAGCGGCGACUGGCCUUCCUCGACAUGCUGCUGCUCACCCAAAUGGAGGGCGGUGCGGAGCUGAGCGACACCGAUAUCCGCGAGGAGGUGGACACCUUCAUGUUCGAGGGCCACGACACCACCAGUUCGGCCAUCGCAUUCGCCCUGAGUUUGCUGUCCAAAAAUCCCGCUGUGCAGCAGCGCGCCUUCGAGGAGGCCACCGAACUGGAGGGCAGGGAGAAGGAAUCGAUGCCCUAUCUGGAGGCGGUGAUCAAGGAGACGCUGCGCAUCUACCCCUCGGUGCCGUUCUUCUCGAGGAAGGUGCUCGAGGAUCUGGAGGUGGGCAAGCUGACGGUGCCCAAGGGCGCGUCCAUAAGCUGCCUCAUCUACAUGCUCCAUCGCGAUCCCAAGAACUUCCCCGAUCCCGAGCGCUUCGAUCCGGAUCGCUUCCUGCUCAACGAGAAGCAAAUGCAUCCGUUUGCCUUCGCCGCUUUCAGCGCGGGACCUAGAAAUUGCAUUGGUCAAAAGUUCGCCAUGCUGGAGCUGAAGACCUCGCUCUCGAUGCUCCUGAGAAGCUAUCGCCUUCUGCCCGACGAGGAUCACCAGCCAAAGCCGCUGGCCGAGUUGGUGACCAAGAGUGGAAAUGGCAUUCGACUUCGGAUCUUGCCACGGGAUCAGAACGAAACCAUAAGGCCAUAAAGCAUAGGGCCAUUAUCUCUAUCUAUGAUUUCUAUAUUUUAUAGGCCACCAUCAUCGUGUAGAUUAAGUUAAGUUAAGUGAACAAUGAAAAACAUUUCUGGCACAGUGACGCACUUUGAGAGGCGCAGCUGGGGGCCCGUUUCUUAUCACUUACAACCUUGCCAUAUAGAUUAGAAAAAACUUGGAUCAUUGUUUUGUUUUUUUUUUAUUUUUUUGUUUAUUUUUCGCUUUGAACUUUGAAAAAUACAAUCGAUCAUAUACAUAUAUACACGGCUAAAGAGGUAUAUAUAUAUGUGCAUGUA